AGAAAGCGUCUUCCUCAUGGUUACCCUCUCAGUUAGCCAAACAGCGUUUGUUUAUCCCACAGGAUUCGCUGUUAAUAUCUAAUAAAUUUCCGCAUAAUUUAGGUCAGAAUUACCACAGAUAUGUUCAACGACUGUUGCAGGUAAAAUAACUGUACCGAGAUAUUGAAUCAAUGUGGUCCAGAAAAUCUCAGAAAAUGGGUGAAAAUCUGGCAAGUGAAAGCGAUCUGCUGUCCAUGAUCAGUGAGUAUCUGAGGUUUGGUGAGUUUGAAGAGACCAUGAAAGUAUUUGAAAAAGAAAUCAAACGUAAAGGAAAACCUGCCCUUAAAACAUCAGAUUCUUCACGCCGAGACUCCAAAAUCCUCAUCAUUCAUGAUGAUUUCAUCAGCUCAUUUAAUGAUGGAGACCACAAAGUUUUUUUUGAGCUGUGGGCUAAGCAUAUUCCUCAAGAGAUGCGGGACUUUGACCAAGUUGCCCAGAAAUUGGAAUUUUACCUUAAAAUUCAUUUCACAAUAUACCCACUGAAGUCCCCCGUAGGAAGUCAUGAUAAAACAGAGUUUGACAACAGAAUAACACAUUUCAGGCACUACCUGGAAACCAGGGGGGCAGCAUUGAGCCAGACCACAGAAUUCCUGCCAUUUUACGCUCUGCCAUUUGUUCCCAAUCCUGUGCAGCAUCCGUCCUUUCAAGAGCUUUUCCAGGACUCCUGGAUUCCAGAUCUGAGAGAAAAGCUUGUGAAAUUCCUGUCAACAACACUCAAAGCUUCAAACACACCAAGGCUUUUGACUUUAUAUAUGGAUGGUGUAAAAGGAAAUAAAGAGGCGAUUCAGGAAAUGCAGCUCCAUCUGGCCGAGUCAGAGAGAAAGUCCGCCAGCCACAUGAGAAGAUUUGCUAAGCUACAGGCCGAGCAUCACAACCUUAUUGUAGUCACGGCCGAGCUUGUGGAGUCACUGGAGGCCACAGUCCGUGGAAAGAUGAUUUCUCCAGAGUACCUGCAGGGUGUGUGCGUUCGGCUCUUCAAUGGUCAGAUGAGACAGAGUAAUGCUCAGAGUAUAGACUUCACCAGACCUGGCACUGGAUAUUACUCUAUGAGUCCUUAUGAUGAUGGAUAUGCAUCAUCAAUGCUGCGGGCAUCGGUCGCACCUCAGAGCUCCAAAGAUGUGCCGUUACUUCCGUCUCUGGACUAUGAGAAGUUAAAGAAGGACUUACUAAACGGAUCAGACAGACUGAAAGCUUUGCUGCUCCAAGCUUUGCGUUGGAGGUUGACUCGAUCUCUUCAUGGUGAGCAGAGAGACACAGUUCUGCAGGCUUUCAUAAGCAAUGAUCUUCUGGGGCGAAAUAGUACCAAACAGAAAACUGUUCUCCAACUCAUAAAAUCCAAGAAUGAGAUUGUCAGACAGUAUAUGGCACGACUCAUCAAUGCCUUUGCCUCUUUGUGUGAUGGUCGCAUGUACCUUUCUCAGAUACCUUCUCUACUGAGGUUUCUGCUGGACUGUCUAAGAACAGAAGAGAGAGAGUCUGUGACAAGAGAGAACGUGCUUGCGGCUCUACAGAAACUCAGCCUCAGGCGAGCCCAGCAGUCCGCUAUGAUCAGAGACGGACUGAUUGGUUGGUUGGUCAAAGAGCUUCACGACUCAGAUUGUCUAUCUGACUACACACUUGAAUACGCCAUCUCUCUACUCAUGAACCUCUGUCUGCGAACUCAAGGUAAGCAGAAGUGUGCAGAGGAGGCCAAACAGGUCCUAAAGGUUCUGACGGAGCUCCUCGGACACGAAAACCAUGAAAUCCGGUACUAUGUAAACGGAGCUUUGUACAGCAUCCUGUCAAUGCCAGAGAUACGAGAGGAGGCCAGACAGAUGAGUAUGGAGGAAAUCUUACACUGUUACACUAAAGAAGAAAACCCUGAACUCAACAGACAGAUCGAGUUCAUCAUUAAACAGCUUAAUUCGGGGGAUGUCCCUCAACAAGAUAUUGAGUCAGAUGAUGAAGAGGAUGAUGAUGAAGAUGAUGAUGAGGAAGACGUUAUGGAGGCUGACCUUGAUAAAGAGGAAGUCCUUCAACCACAGCCGAAGGAGCUCAUUGGCGAGACUUUACUAACAACAGAGUAUCUAGGGAUAAUGACAAAUAUGGUGAAGAUGAAAAGAAGAUCAUUUCCUUCAUCUCGAAGUAUAGAUGAGCCCCUGCAGAGGCCCGUUACACCCAAUUCCCACAAAAACACAAUAUCUGGUGGAGAUGUGGUCUACCCUUUCAACAGGUGGAGAAGUGAAGAUAGCACCACCCACUCUCGUUUCAGCUCCCGCCCACCUACUCGCACCGGCAGCCGACCCAGCACUGCUGAAUCCAUACGUCAAACACUUGGCACAGACUCGGAAUGCUGGCGUUCCUCAGUUGAGUCAGGGCUUGCUGGAUCCCCAGAAAGAUCUGUCCCUCUGCAAGGCCAGGAUGACACCAAUGGCCACUCUUACAGUGGGCAGAACAUGGGAUUUUCAAGCCGGCCAAAGAUUCCUCGUUCCCCUGACAGUGACGCAGGCAGUGUCAGCAGGUCCCGUCUCCCGUCGUUGGCCCCACAGUUCUCCAACAGUGAACCCCAGCAGAGCGCUAGCAGACCCGGUUCAGGCGGGGGCUCCGGUGGGCGUCCCAGCCAACAGAGCAGUCAGUCAAACAGGAAGUGAAUAGAGAACCUUUCAUCAGGUGAAGCCUGUCGGCAGAGGUCUUGGAGAGAGAGAAACCGUCCAGUUUCCUGUAACAACAUCCUUAUCAGGUCCGGGGCUGUGGAGCCGUGUGACUGAUGAAACAAAGCUCAGGAUUGUCACUCCAGGAGGCUUUCAACCCCUGCCACAAAGCAUCACCGUAACACAACACGCUUCAGCAAUAAUCACAAGUACUUUCAUUAUCCCAUAAGAGUACAAACGCCUGCCACUCUGUCCUGCUUUGUUGUUCUUGGACCUUGACACCCCCCCCCCCCCAAACACACACACGUGCUUUGAGCAGGAAAAAUUAUUAAAAAACAGAAUUACGAAGUUUGUUCUCAGAAAAUGUAACACAUUUGAAUGUAAUAUUCUGUAUUGAUGAUUUAAUUGUCGUUUUAUUGUUGUUGCAGCUUUUGUGUGUGCCUGCUUACAUUUUCAGCCUGAUGUUUGAUAUAACACCUUAUAACAACUAAGUGUUUUAAACAUUAAGAAGUUAGUUUUGCACGAUGUGGUCGUGGUGUGUUAAAUACAUCUGACCGAGACUUGACAUUUUGUGUUUUAGAUUUUGCAUCGUUUUGAAAAGCUUUGCUAGUUAUGAACUGUGAAUAUUUUUGUAUUAUUAAAUAUUAUACAUUUUAUAUAAAAAA